CUUUCUUUUGCCACAAUUUUACUUCUAUUUGCAGAUCUUUAUAUUUUUGUAAUUUCUCCAAAUUUUUCUCUUCGCUUCUGGUAUCUCCCAGUAUUGCAAUCUCCACUAUUCAAACUUUUUUUGUCUUUGUUACCAACAAGAAAGUCUAAAGUGUAACACUCUUGUUAAGUCUAGAGUGUUGUGUGGCAGAUGCUGUAUGUUUUUGCUUGAAACAUGUUCUAUACCAGGGAAGUCAAACUUGCAUCAUCACAGCAUCGUCAUGUGACGUAUCAUGCCUUUCCCCCCCCUUUGCUAACCAGGUGUGGGAAUGGGCAGCGUGAAUUUGACACCCCUGUUCUAUACUAACACUUAAAUAAGCUAACUUCUUUUGAAAGCCGCUUUUCCAGGAAAUAUUUGUAAUACCACAUUCAUUUGCAAUUUUCAGCAAAUAACCAUACUUUUCUGUUUUGUUGGUGGUUUGUGGCUUUAACUUAACCAGAAAUUUAGUACUAAAUGAACUCUUUAUUUCAUAGGAGAAUAUAUUGAUUUUCUUGGUCACUGCCAGUUCUGUGACAUUUCCUGUUCUAAAUGCAUAGGACCAACUUUGAAGGACUGCAUUGGUUGUACAUAUGCAAAUAGAGUUUUGGAUGAUGGGCGCUGCGUUGUUCAAUGCCCUCGAGGGAAAUUUGAAUUUAACAAGCAGUGUCAUUCUUGCCAUGAGUCCUGUACGGAAUGCAGUGGAAAUGAACCUAAUGAAUGUACUAGCUGUGCUAAAGAUAAGAAAGGCCACAUGCGUUUCCUCUACCUGGGAGAAUGCAGGAAGAGCUGUCCCUUGGGCUUUUAUCCUUCUGAGGUGGACACUACGUGCGCCCCCUGCUUUGAGCACUGUCAAGAAUGCCUGAAUCAAACCAGCUGUGAGAGGUGCUUAGAGGGAUACUCUCUCAUUAAUAACAGCUGCCAAGAACACAAAUGCAAAAAAGGGAAAAUCAAAGGUCUCAACUCGGAAGAUUGCAUUCCUUGCCCUGAAGGCUGCCUCAACUGCAACUCGGGUAACCCAGAAACCUGUACAUCAUGUAUCCAUAAUUAUUAUAUGUACAAUCAGCAGUGUUAUAGAACAUGUCCUCAAACUACUGUCCCAGAUGACAAUUCUCCCAUAUGCAUUGAGUGUCAACCCAAUUGUCAAAGCUGUGACAGAUAUCAAUGUUAUUGGUGUAAAGAAGGUUUUUUCCUUCUAGGUGGGACAUGUGUGAGAGAUUGUGGAGCUGGCUUUUACAAAGACAAAAUUACAGAAGAGUGUGAACCAUGCUACAGGACAUGCAAAACAUGCAGAGGGGUCAACUACAAUGACUGUACAAGCUGCCAAGGAAAUUUACAGCUGCUGCAUGGGAAGUGUGUAAAUCCCCAACACAGGGGAAAGCAUGGGAAAUUUUGGAACGAGAAGCUGAAGCUGCACUCCUCAGACGAUUUGGGCUCCGCAUUCCUGAAGGGCCGCUUCUUCCCUUAUGUCCUGUCGCGAUCCUUGCGGUCGGCUGAGAUCGAUCCCUUCUCGGUGUCCUCCAGGCAUCAAAUUGAGAUGGAAAGAGCACUUAAAGAGGCAUUCUUGGAGAAUGCCCAGGUGCUGCCGAAGGCUUUUCCCUUCAAGGCUCACCAAAAUCCAAGCCUGAGCGUUAUCCGGAAGCGAUAUGAUGUUAUUGGGGAGCCAGGAGAGGCAAUAAUGCGGGCCUUGAUUCACUGCAUGUUAACACAGCAAUUCAGCUGGAAGAAUGAUUUAAGAAGCAUGAACAGGCAGAUUACUAACAUGUUAAAUCACCAAACUUUUACAUUCUUUCGUCAAUCCCCGGACACAUAA